UGUUAACAUUUUCUAAUUUUGACCUUUAGGCCCCUAAAUGGGCAUAUUUGUGAAAGGAUAUCUCCUACAUUCCAAACACAGCUCUCUGAUCUGCCUAGUGCAUAUUUUAGUGACCCAGUUACAGCAAGAGGCUUUUAUUGAACAGAGUAGGCAAAUGCACGUGGAAACAGAAGACCCACCGUUCUUGUGACAAUUAUACGUCUGUCUCUAUUUGUGUAAUCUACCCUUUCAGCCUGAUAAACAAGAGCCUGUGCAUGCAUUUUGAAAGGGAAGUGACCGUCACCUUCUGUGAUCUGAGUAUUUUCUUGCAUACACCUCAGCUAGGCUGUAGAGCAGGUAAGUCUUAGCCUUUGCACAGUGUUAUUGUUCAGGACUCCAGUCUUACUUUGAAGUGCAUUCUUGCUUUUUUAACUUUCUCCUGGGGCCUAAUCAACAGUGUUUCCCUUACACCUGAUUUCUACUCUUAGUUACUUUUUGAGUCAGAUACUCUGCAAGUAAUUGUAUUUCCAUCUUUUUUUUUUCAUGGUGUUGCUUCUCUGUGUACCUUCUGACUGCAUGCUCAAUGAAGCAAACCUUAAGCAAACCUUGCAGUGCUCAGCUCACAUUUAUUUAUAUUGCAGGCAAUUUACAUGAAAAAGGGUCAGCCCAAGCAAACAACAGAGUAAAUUGAAAGCUGACACUUUCAUCUUUAUUACUGGUGGUCUUCCUCUAACCAUCUCUAAACUAAUGUGGAGCUUUCUUUAUCAAUGUGCACUUGCUUUGGCUGCUGGUAUUUGUUGAACUUAUUUUCUUGAGAAAACUUUUAAAUGAGCAGGUAGGGGGUAAGCCUUCAUUUUCCCCGUGUUUCCACUUACGGGUGCAAAAGAUUUCCCUUUACAGCAGCUUUGCAAAAUAGAUGCACAGUAGAUCACUUUCUGAAAUAAAAACCUUCCUUUCCAUUUACUUUUUGAAAUAAUUGCUUGUGAGUUCAGGACAAUGUUUUAUUUUAUUACGGUCCAUCCUUGCUCAGAUGCAUAUAUGGAGAUGGACCAACUGAAAGCCCAACUUUUCAGUCUGGGUAACAAUUUCUCUCUUUAGCUGGCCCUCCAUCUCUUCCCAGAGACUGGCACUUGGUUUGGUUCCUCUGCAAUGUCACUGACUCUGUAUCUUUGCCCCACAGCUCUCCCACUCACUGCUAUGACCACACCACUGAAGGAUGCAAUGGACACCUUGAUCAAGAUUUUCCAUCACUACUCUGGCAAAGAAGGAGACAGAUACAAGCUCAGUAAAGGAGAACUCAAGGAGCUUCUCACCAAUGAGCUCACUGACUUCCUUUCAGGCCAAAAGGACCCACUCCUGGUCGAUAAGAUUAUGAAAGAUCUGGACUCCAAUGAUGACAAUGAAUUGGAUUUUAAUGAAUUUGUCAUUCUGGUUGCUGCUUUGACUGUGGCAUGUAAUGAUUUCUUUGAAGAACAGCUAAAGAAAGAGGGAUUUUAAAAAUCCUCUAUAUAAUCAAUCUCCUGGCCACAAAUGCAAGCAAAGCAUGACUAGUUAGGUAACCCUCAUCGGUGCUCACCACGUGCAAACCACCAUUCCCCCAACUGUUACUGCUGUAAGAUCUUUAUGGAGCUGAUCAGCAGCUGGUGUAAGCUGGACCAUAGCCAGAUUACAUUACUUGAGAUCUGGCUUUUAAUAUUUUCACUCUUUGCGCUCCAUGCAUCUGUAACAUGCCUUCAUCUGUUGCCCAGGUCAAGGGCUUGGGGUGACAGAUUCUUUGGCAGGAGUUGAGACUUCUGUUUCUUAAAUGUCAGUGGAAAGUAAAAGGCACAGGAAUGUUCCUUAUACACUCUCCAAACGGAAAAAUUUGGAAUGACACAUAAAACUUGCAAUUUCAUUUUCAGUCAUUUUAUAACAACCAUAUUUUUGCAGCUCAAAACCAGCAGCUUCUUUUUUGCUCAGCUCUGCUAAUUCUAAAGCCCUUUUUAGAUGUUCCUCUGUGUGUCCCCACACUCGCAUUUCAGAUGUGGUCACAGCUGUCUCUUGCUGCCUGAGCAGACGAUACCACUUGCCAUUGUUACAGGUUCAUUUCCUCCAUCUCCCCAGCUUCAAUUUUGUUGUGUUGGCAUUACUGCGUCCCAGCAGUCAACCCCUUCCCUCAGCAUAAAUGUAUUUAUUCAUACGAUAAAUUAUUUAAAUACAUAGAAGAUUUAGUCAGCAAACUGCUCUGAGGACUGAUGGAAGGACUGGGUCUUUGGGGAAAAUGUGUAAAUGCCUUCUUUCACUACUCUGGCAUGGUUAAAAGCAGGGCUUUUAGAGGACCACUUGUGGGGGUUUUAAUGACAGAAUCCCAGGGUACAGCUCUGUAAUGUGAAUGAUCUUAUGGAAUAAUGAUUUCAUCUCACACCAAUCCAACCCACUGCAUGGAAACUGUGCAAAAGGGGCAGUGGGACCCCAUGGCCAGGGAAAGAGAGCGUAAGAUAAUCCCUUUCAGAGUUAACUUGCUCUUGGGUUGAAUUAAGAGUACUUCUAGACUUCUGUUUAAAUUAAGCAUAUUUCCAAGGCCCUGCAAAUCCUUAGAGGCAGGGUGUUGUGGCUUUUUUCUUGCAUGGAGAGCUCUCUUAUUUCUUUGUUAUUUUGUUGGUAACUUCGAACUGUAAUAAAAGGCAU